AUGACUUCACUUGGUUGUACGUCCCUUAUAUCCACUUCAGAGACGCGGCCUGAGAACCAAUCUUCAAUGCCUGUCACCACGCUCAUCACUGAAGAAAUGUUGACCACUUAUCCAUCCUUAUCCGAUUUGCCUGUGAUGAGCCAAACUGAUAGGAUCGAUUUGGUUUGGAAUGAUCAGGACAACAAAACGGUGUCAUUUCCACGCGGAUCGACUCCAGCGCAUGUAUCAUCAACAACAAAGUCGCUAAACGCAUUUUCGACUGGACUCAUACCACCCUCAUUUGGCGCCGCCGCUUUGGAAGGGUUCAACAAUCGCUUUAGAGCAUCAGAACCGGGCAAUAUUUCGCACUCACUGAAUACCGGAAGAUCUGAAGAUAGUGGUGUCUGGAGACUCAGAGACGCCACACCAAUUUCUUCAACUAAGGAACUGCCGGAGUACAGCUUAGCCAGUUUAGCUUCAAUGGGCGAGCACGGUUCUGCUGAAAAAGGGGAUUCCAGUUCGUCCACGAAUAAUGUCGCUGUACGUGAAGAAGAGCUAGAUUCAGUGGUUUCUUUGAAGGACGAAGAUGAGAAAGACGGCCAGUCUGGUCCAGGAACUCAAAGCGCUGAAACCUGUUUCUCAGAGAAGUCACCACCACUGUGUCCUAGGAGCCUGCUGGUUGACCGAAGGAUAACGGUUCAUUUGUGAAUGAUGUCAGCACCCUCA